UCCCCGGGAGGGCGGAGUUAACCCAACCUCUGCUGGUGCCUGGAGUGGGCGACGCGUAGAAAUGUGUUGAGUCCGGACUGUUCGACCCUUUUCUGAGGGUUACAGAGUUUAUUUUAAUUUUUUUUUUAAAUAUCUGAUUGUCGGUCACAGGUCGUUCUGCGACAUCAACAAUGAUGCGCUUCCUGCUGCUCUUCAGUCGCCAGGGGAAGCUGCGUCUGCAGAAGUGGUUCACACCCAUUUCAGAGCGAGAGAAGAAGAAGAUCAUCAGGGACAUGACCACCAUGGUGUUGGCACGGCAACCCCGCUCCUGUAACUUCCUACACUGGAAAGACCUCAAGAUUAUUUACAAGAGGUAUGCAAGCUUGUAUUUCUGCUUGGCCAUAGAGAACGAGGAGAAUGAGCUGCUAGCCCUGGAGGUUAUUCAUCGUUAUGUGGAGUUGCUGGACAAGUACUUUGGCAAUGUGUGUGAGCUGGACAUAAUCUUUAACUUUGAAAAGGCCUAUUUUAUCCUGGAUGAGUUCCUCAUGGGGGGUGAGAUACAAGAAACCUCCAAACAGAUGGUGAAUCGCUGUAUCGAAGCCUCGGACAUGCUACAAGAGGAUGACAGCAGUGAGUGGUAUGAGGUGGAGCUGUUUGGAUGACCUUGAAUAUGGACAGAAAGACCAUGGAGGAGUAUAUGAGCAAACCUGCAUUUUAACACAUGGAAAAGGGACAUAAAGGGGGAGGAAUACAGGAACCAAGUGUACUGUACAUGAGUCAAAGAAGUUUCAGAAUAUGGAAAACGGGAUUAGCUUUGACUCUACUGAACAUUUUCAAAGGGAAAAGUUGCCGUCUUGAACGUCUGCUCCUGCUCUAAGCAUCGCUGCAAUAUAACCUAAUUCAAGAGUAAGUCUACCUUUUGUUCAUACUUAUACAUUCAAGUGAAGGAAGGGGUUGGGAAGUAAUGCUUUUAUAUGGAUUCAAUGAAGUAGUAAUACAGGUCCAGGGAUAUGAAUUUUAUACAAAUACAUUGAUUUUAGCUCUACAGGUUUGUUGCAUUCGUAUCUAAAUCCCACAUAAAUUUGUUGUAAUUGAAGUGGGGACUGAUUGCAGGAAAAAAAAAUUUGUGAAGUUAAAAUGGAUUGAUUUUAUAUUAGUAAAUAAUAAAUUAUGAAUGAAAGUAAUUAUACGUUUCAUAUUGUUUUUUUCUCUGUAUAAAAUAUUAUUAAAGUGUGGGAUGAUUGGUGUUGAAAAGGAGCCGUUGCUAGUGUGGGUGUGAAUAUCACUGUUUUUAAUGAUGUGAAAUUUAUGAUAUUGUGGCUUACGAUUAAAAUAUGUAUUUUGAUAAAA